ACAACACUCACCAAACAGGAAGACAUUGCCACAGUUGGCUGGGAACUGUCAGGGUUAUAUACAUAUUUUUUAAGACAAUAAGAAUGACGUCAGCAUCAACACCACUGGCACCACAGUGACGGUCAAGCGUGGCAAAGACGAGCGAGACUGUAGAAGAAACCAAGCCUGACCAGACUAACUGGAGAUCAUCAAAAACAACAGGAGGCCUGGUUAAAGAGACUUGGAGCACCUUCCUUUACACAAACCCCAACUUAUUUGAGUUUUUUUUCCACAUGUAGGAUUGUUCAUCUGCCUGUGUGUGUGUGUGUGUGUGUGUGUGGAUGCAAAAUCAGAGGACUGGGAAGAUAAGCAAUGCUUUCUCAUGCCUGACAUCUACAAGUUGGAAACCCUGAAAGAUGUUCUCCUCCAGUAAAAACAGCCUUCCCUCUCCCACCCUGGAGGACUCCUUCUUCCCUCUCUCCUCAUCCUCCCCGUCCGUGUCGCUCUCCUUUGCACUCCCUUCGUCUGCAUCCUCGCCACUCCCUGGUGGGGUUGAUGGAGGAGGGGAGAUUGAGACGGACCUCAUACUCGCAGCAGAGCUGGGACGGGCUUUACUGGAGAAGAGCGAGGAGCUGGCGGCCUCUCUGGAGCAGAGAGAGCGGGAGGUAGAGGCUCUGCAGCAGGAGAAGCAUGUUCUUCAGAGGAAGCUGGAGAUGAACGAGUUGGCAUCAGGGCAGAGAGAGGUGGAGCUGACAUCAGACUUGUCCACUUUACGCACUGAACUGCAACGGUAUCAGAGCCAAGAACGAGGCCGAAGGAAGGAUGAGAGUGAACAGCUGUCCCAGUUAGCCAACCACAACCAUCGCCUGGUGGAACAGCUGGCCGAGGCUGUGACACUGGAGCAUUCCUUGAGGACUGAGCUUCGUUCACUCAGAGAAGAGAUGGAAGAAUCGUCUUUUAGCCAAAAUAUCAGCUCUACACAACUAGAGAGCGUGCAGGCAGAGAACAGAGUUUUGCGGGAGCGCCUGUUGCACAUGGAGGAACGACUGAGAGCUUCACAGGAGGACAGUGACAGACUCCGGAUGGAGAGAGAAGGGCUGAGAGAAGGGCUGCAAGAGCUGCAAGCCAAACUGAGAGAGAAGGAAACAGAGAUUGAGCAGGAGCAGGGAGUGGUGUUUGAGUUGCGUACACUGAAUCGCUCUCUGCAGCAAAAAGCUCUGAGCCUGGGAGAAGAGCGUAUCCUGGAGUUCACACACACACAGCCUCUGUCUCUGCUUAGUGAAAUUCAGCAGUCGCAGGCUAAAGAGGCUCUUCUGGCUCACUCUGAAGUCCUGCAAGCAAGAAAUGAUGAGAUAGAAGAGCUGAAAGAGAAGUUGCACUUGCAAAACCAGGAGCUGGAGUCUUUGAGGGAGGAGAUCGAGCCAUUUAGAAGCAGCCCUGGAAAACCAAGCUACAGUUCCCUGGAGAAUGAGCUGGCCACCGUGCGACAGGAGAAGGACUCACUGACCCAGCAGCUUCUUAACACCAUCAAACACAAGGUGGCGCUGUCGCAAGAGCUGGAUGCCUGGCAGGAGGACAUGCGGUUGGUGAUCAACCAGCAGGUGCUGCAGAGGGAGGAGGACAGAAAGAGAGAACAGCAGCGAGAGAGAGAAAGAGACAAAGAAAAAACAGCAGGACUCCAAAGAAGCAAGUCUUUGAGGGUGAGGGGCGAAGGAGGGAAAGGAUUCUUCUCCUCUCUGUUUGGAGACAAAUAACGAAGAGCGAAAGGAUGGAGAUGUUUAAAUGAAAGGACAGGAGUGCAGUUCUAUUCUGCACCAAUGCAAAAUAGUGAGCUUAUGCAGUCAAAUAGGGCUCUCUAUUAUGUGUUAUCAGUGCAAACAAGUGAAACAUUUACAGACCUCAUAUUUGAAUAUAUUUAAAUAUUUUUGUAUUUAUGUAUAUCUAUGACUUCAGUUUUAGGACUUUAUAUUUGUACCUGCUGCAGAAUUAAAGUGACCAGUUUUAGUGUC